AUGCAAUUUUAUAACCGAAAGUAUGGCACAAAUAUUAAAAUUAAAAAAGACGCGCGUACAGCAUACCGUAUUGGGUAUUGGCGGCAAAAGUCAAAACGUGAAGGCGGCUGUCUUGUGCCUAAAAUUACAAAUAUAUUACCGUCAGAAAAUAUCGGGGGUGAAUGCAUAGUACCCUCAGAUAUAGAAUUAGCGGAUACUUCAUUUAAAAUUCCAAAAAAAAUUGAUUUGUUGUUAGGCGCGUGUCAUUUUUUCGAAAUAUUGGGUAAACAAAAAAUUAAACCGACAAUAAAUGGACCAAUAUUUCAAGAAACUCAAUUGGGCUGGAUUGUUUCCGGCUUAGUAACAUCAAAAUAUACGAAUGGCAAACCAAAUAAUGUAAAUUGCCAUACCGCGUUAGUAGAGGAAAACAGAAGUACUAAUUUGGAAAUUAUGGUAUCAAAAUUUUGGCGUACAGAGGAGUUUGAAGCGGCAGUGCCAUAUACUACGGAAGAAAAAAAAUGUGUCGAUCACUUCGAAAGGACGGUUAAUCGAAAUGAAAACGGUAGGUUUAUCGUACAUUUACCGUUAAAAAAUGACGUUAAUAUAAAAAUCGGACCGUCAUACGAGAUAGCGAAACGUCGAUUUUUAGCAUUAGAGCGCCGAUUGCAAAAUGACGAAAAAUUAAAAAAAGAUUAUAUUACGUUUAUGAGCGAAUAUGAAACGUUAGGUCAUAUGGAACUCGUAAAAAAUGAAGAAAAGUUAGGUGAAACGUGUUAUUUACCGCAUCAUGCGGUAAAAAAUGAGAACAGUAAAACAACGAAGUUGCGAGUAGUGUUUGAUGCGUCCUGUAAAACGGAAUCCGGAUAUAGUUUAAACGAUACACUAUUGAAAGGGCCGGUUAUACAGGACGAACUGCUAUAUAUAAUAUCAAGAUUUAGAACACAUAAAUUUUUAUUAACGGCCGAUAUACAAAAGAUGUACCGCCAAGUAUUGGUGACGAAGCAAGAUAGCGAGAAACAACGAAUUUUAUGGCGCGCGGACCCCUCAUUGCCAAUACAAAUUUAUCGUUUAACAACACUUACUUAUGGAACAGUACCGGCGUCAUUUUUGGCAACAGCAUGUUUAAGGAAAAUAUCUGAACUAGAAUCGUCAUAUGUAAAAGCUUGUGAGGCAAUUAGAAACGAUUUUUAUAUGGACGAUUUCCUAAGUGGCGCGGAGACGAAGGAAGAAGCGAUAAAGUUACGUGACGAAGUAAUUUUAAUAAUGAAAAAAGCAGGCAUGACGUUAAGAAAGUGGUCAUCAAAUGAACCAAGUAUAGUUAGUUGUAUGUCAGAAAAAGAAAAUGCGAACGAGUGUAUUUUUGAAGAAGAAUCAAUAACAAAAAUACUCGGACUGUAUUGGAAUGCGGAUGGUGAUGUAUUACAAUACAAGGUAAAAGAAUAUCAUGACGAAAAUACUACAAUAAGUAAAAGACACAUUUUAGCCGAGACCGCGGCGAUAUUCGACCCGUUGGGACUGGUCGGUCCAAUUAUAGUACAAGCAAAAUUAAUAAUACAGAGUUUAUGGCAAAUUCGUAUUAGUUGGGACGAGCCAUUACCAGAUAACAUACGUAUAGAAUGGGUCAAAUAUAGAAAAGGUUUAUCGAUGUUAAACAAGCUGACCAUACCACGUAAUAUCGGGUGUAAUAAAAUAUUAGCAAAUAUACAAAUACACGGAUUCGCAGACGCAAGUAUCAAAUGUUACGGAGCGUGUAUUUUUUUACGUAGUACCAAUGAACAAGGAGAACACACAGCCAAAUUAAUAUGUGCAAAAUCAAAAGUUGCCCCACUUAAAGUUAUAUCAUUGCCAAGGUUAGAACUAUGUGCAGCACUUUUAUUGGCGCGUUUAGUGAGCCGUAUUGUUCCGAAGUUAAAAUUAAAUAUCGCGAAAAAAUAUUUUUGGUCCGAUUCAAAAAUAGUACUAUCAUGGAUAGCGUCUCCAUCGACAAAAUGGAAGACAUUCGUGGCACACCGUAUCGGGGAGAUACAGGAUCUGACCAACAUAACAGAUUGGGCAUAUGUUAAGUCAUCGGAAAACCCGGCUGAUAUAAUAUCACGCGGGUGCGACGCAGAGCAAAUAUCAAGUAUUAAUUUGUGGUGGAACGGACCGGAAUGGUUAAAAAACAAUAUCGAGGAGUGGCCGAUAUCAGAAAAAACCAGCCAAAAUGAUAACAUAGAAAUGCUACCCGAAGCAAAAACAGUACGAAAUAUAGCUCUUGUGGUGACUGACGAAUUUAUAUUAUUCAAAAGAUAUUCGUCGUUAAAUAAAAUAUUGCGUAUUGCGGCGUAUUGGUUACGCUUUAGAGAUUUUUUAGUGAAAAAAUCUAGUGCCUCAGUCGGACCACUGAGAGCAGAAGACUUAGAACGUGCAAAUAUUGACGAUAAAGAUAUAUUGAGAGUUGGAGGUCGAUUAAAAAAUGCAAGUACAAUAGAGGUAUUUCAACGACAACCUAUUAUUUUACCAGGUGACAGUAUUUACACGAAAUUGUUAUUUCAGCGUGAACAUAUAAGGUGUAUGCACGGAGGCCCAUUGGCGAUAUUAGCCUUAGUGCGAUUAUACUAUUGGCCGUUGAAAGCACGAAAUAUCGCUCGAGCGACGGUUCAUAAAUGUGUUACGUGUUUCAGGCAAAAACCGGUGUUCGUUGAACCCAUAAUGGGUGAUUUACCUCGUGAACGUAUAGAACCAUCGCGUCCUUUUAAAAUCAGUGGUAUUGAUUUCGCGGGACCGUUGUUAAUCAAAGACAGCUUAAAAAAGCGAGCAUCACUUACAAAAGGCUACGUGUGCAUUUUCGUGUGUUUUGCGACUAAAGCGGUUCACAUAGAAUUAGUAAUUGACCUGAGCACAAAAUCAUUCUUAAAUGCUUUAAAUAGAUUUUUUGAUAGAAGAGAAUGGCGGUUCAUUCCCCCGCGAUCACCGCACUUUGGGGGUCUGUGGGAGGCCUCAGUGAAAUCGAUGAAAAAUCUGAUAGGUAGAGUGCUAAGCGAGUCGCAUUUAACGUACGAAGAACUAAAUACUAUACUUACCCGGGUAGAAGCAUGCCUUAAUUCCCGCCCUUUAACCGAAAUGUCAUCCGAUCCUUCCGACUUAACAUAUCUUACUCCUGCGCAUUUCCUAAUUGGAGAAUCUCUGAUGGCCAUACCGGAAAGGGAUGAAAGUACAAUCCCGGCGAAUCGAUUAGACCGGUGGCGUCGUGUUCGACAAUACACGCAAAUUUUGUGGAAACGAUGGAGCAACGAAUAUUUAAAUCAAUUGCAAGUAAGAAAAAAAUGGUCAGUGGAGAGAGGUCCCACCUUGGCUAUCGGAACAAUCGUUUUGAUGCGUGAUGAAAAUAUUAAGCCACUAAAUUGGAAGCUAGGACGGGUACUGUCGGUCAGCCACGGAGAGGACGGAGUUAUUCGUACGGCGUUGGUGAAAACUAUGACGGGCGAGUACAACCGAGCGGUACGAAAUUUGUGCCCGCUUCCGGUUGAUGAUAACAUGGGUUAA